GCGGCGGCGGAAGAGGCGGCGGCGACGGCGGUGGCCAGCGGUACAACAACAACGUCGGCAAUGGCGGCGGACGUUACUCGGCGCUCGAGGAUUUCGAUGAAGUGGAGGAUCGUCAGCGACGCAAGGAUCGUAACAAACGGCGCGUCAGCUUUAAGCCCUCGCAGUUUCCGCACAACAAAAAGGACAUCAAGCUGCGUCCCGAGGAUCUGCGCCGCUGGGACGAGGAUGAUGACAUGAGCGACAUGACCACAACCGUCAAGCAGGAUAGACCCACCUCCCGACGACGAGGAUCGCCCAUUCCGCGCGGCAAGUUCGGCAAACUGAUGCCCAACAGCUUUGGCUGGUACCAAGUGACGCUACAAAAUGCACAGAUUUACGAAAAGGAAACCCUUUUGCGGGCCUUAUUGGCGGCAAUGUCGCCGCAUGUCUUCAUACCGCAAUAUUGGCGAGCGGAACGCAAUUGCGUGAUCUUCUUCACCGACGACUACGAGGUGGCCGAGCGCAUUCAACAUCUGGGCAGGCACGCCCAGCUACCCGAUGGCUAUAGGCUGAUGCCGCGCGUGCGCAGCGGCAUUCCGCUGGUGGCCAUCGACGAUGCCUUCAAGGAGAAGAUGAAGGUGACCAUGGCCAAGCGGUACAAUGUGCAGACCAAGGCACUCGACCUCUCCCGCUUCCAUGCCGAUCCGGAGCUCAAGCUGAUCUUUUGCCCGCUCUUCCGGCAGAACGUGAUGAGCGCCGCCAUCGAUAUUAUCUGCGAUAAUAUACCCGAUCUGGAGGCGAUCAACCUGAAUGACAACAGCAUGACCAGCAUGGAGGCCUUCAAGGGCGUGGAGAAGCGGAUACCGAACCUCAAGAUACUCUAUUUGGGGGAUAAUAAGAUACCAUCACUGGCCCACCUGGUGGUGUUUCGCAACCUGUCUAUUUUGGAGCUGGUCUUAAAGAACAAUCCCUGCCGUUCCCGCUACAAGGACUCGCAGCACUUUAUCAGCGAAGUACGUCGCAAGUUCCCCAAACUGCUGAAGUUGGAUGGAGAGGCCCUGGCGCCGCAGGUCACCUUUGAUCUAACCGAGCAGGGACGCAUUCUCGAGACGAAGGCCUCCUUCCUGUGCGACAACGCUGGCGCCGAGGUGGUGCGUCAGUUCCUGGACCAGUACUUCCGCAUUUUUGAUUCGGAGAGCCGACAGUCCCUGCUGGAUGCCUACCACGAAAACGCGAUGCUGUCCAUAACGAUGCCGUCGGCCAAUCAGGCGGGAAGGCUGAACAGCUUCUGGAAGUUCAAUCGCAACCUGCGACGCCUGGUGAACGGCGAAGACAACCGCACGCGGCACUUGAAGUACGGACGGCUGGCCUGCGUUUCCACGUUGGACGAGUGGCCAAGGACGCUGCACGAGCGUCGCACCUUCACCGUCGACCUGACCAUAUUCAAUACUUCCAUGAUGGUAUUCACGGUGACGGGAUUGUUCAAGGAGCUGAACGGCGAGGCCAGCGCCUCCGGCUCGAUGUCGAUGCAGUACGAGCUGCGCCACUUUGCCCGCACCUACGUGGUGGUGCCGCAGAACACCGGCUAUUGCAUCCGCAACGAGACCAUCUUCAUCACGAACGCCUCGCAGGAGCAGGUGCGUGAGUUCAAGCGGUCGCAGCACCAGCCGGCUCCCGGUUCCAUGGCCAGCACAUCGACAAGUGCCACGGCGACCAGUCCGCAGCAGCAGCAGCCAGGGACGACUGGGGGUCUGCAGGGUCGUCUCAAUCCGGUGGGCGUGGCAACCGGGCCGGUGGCCAUUCUGCCAGGAAAUCCGCUGGCAGCCACCUCACCGGUGAACAGCGGCAGUGCCGCCUUAUCAGUGGGUGCAGUGGCGCCUGGCGUGCAGGAUGAGAACACCAAAAUGCAGAUGAUACAGGCGAUGAGUGCGCAAAGCCAAAUGAACGUGCUCUGGAGUCGCAAAUGCUUGGAGGAGACGAAUUGGGACUAUAACCAUGCCGCAUUCGUUUUCGAGCAACUCUUCAAGGAAAACAAAAUUCCGCCCGAGGCUUUUGUCAAGUAAUUCUCAUUCGACAUUUGACCAGAAGCAGCAAGGGGGAAAAACAGAGCAGAGCCAAGUGCCACGUAUACAGAAUCAAAUGUUUUGUUUAUUUGUUUUCGUUUUGUAAUUAAAUACUUUUUAAUAUUUUUUUUUAGAGUCACAUCUAAAUUGUAAUAAAACGCUGAGUUAGUUGUGCGCACAUUGUCGAGCCACAAUGAUCGCAGCCCCUUGAUAGGUAUAUUUAACUCGCUUUAAGUUCCGUCCGCAGAUCCCCUGGACCAAGACCCUUCUGGCUUGAGCGCCAGGACGAAGAGUCUGCGAACGGUUGCCCCCUUUAGAAUUUAGAACUGUUUUAUAGCCCUAAGCACGUACAAGAAAAUAUACAUCAAAAUCCUGUAUGCAACAAUGUUGUUGAAAAUAACGCAAAAACCAACUAUUAUUUACCCAUAAACGGUUACCAGUCCCACGAAUCCCAUCCCGCUUUCCUUGCUCCUCGAGUAGCCUUAACUUUUGUAUACAAAGACCAGCGAACGAAAACAAACAUUUUGUUUGGGGAGGGCAAACAAACGUAUAUUAAUAGAGAACUUGGACAAGCAAUAACAUUAAUAACCUUUGUGUACAUUUUGUAACGACUCAGAAACCAACAUUACCUUUCUUUCCUUAAUAGCAAAAAUAAUACAAAAAAACUAACAUUUACAAUUCACGCUUAGUCGUAAGUCCAAUUGAAUUUAAGUGUGCCCGGUAUAUAGGAAUUAUAUACAUUAAUAUAAUAAGCAUAGAAUCUUUAAUAAAUUUAUCAGAAUCGAA